GGUCUCUAGUUGACUCACACAGAAAGGAAGUGGUUUCAUAAUGACUGUCUACUGGUCCCACCUCUCAUAGUACAGUUGCCAAAAGGAAGCGAAGAUGGCGGCUUCUGAGGUAGAUUAUGAGUCAGUACUGUGUGUAAAACCUGAGGUUAACGUUUUUCGUAUACCGCCACGAGCCAGCAACCGUGGUUACAGAGCAUCCGACUGGAAAUUGGACCAUCCCGACUGGACAGGCCGUUUGCGAAUCACCUCAAAAGGGAAGGUCGCCUACAUUAAACUAGAGGAUAAAGCCUCCGGUGAACUGUUUGCCCAGGCUCCUGUAGAUCAGUACCCAGGCAUUGCUGUGGAGACAGUAACAGACUCCAGCCGGUACUUUGUUCUGCGUAUUCAAGAUGGAAAUGGGCGUAGUGCAUUUAUUGGAGUUGGGUUCACAGAUCGAGGAGAUGCCUUUGAUUUCAAUGUUGCAUUGCAGGAUCAUUUCAAAUGGGUAAAACAGGAAUCGGAAAUGUCAAAGGAGAGCCAGAACUUCGAUAGCAGCCCAAAACUGGAUCUAGGCUUCAAGGAAGGGCAGACAAUCAAACUGAAUAUUGGGAACAUGAAGAAGAAGGAUGGUGCUUCAAAAUCCCGGCCUGCAAGUGGCAGGUGGCCUUGGUCUUCUUCCACCCCCACCAGGUGGGAAAGUAACAUGCCCUUUGCCAAUGGAUCACAGUUACCAAACCAGAUUACAGAGAUGCCAGCACAGAAACCACCUAGCACAGAUGAUGAUAAAUGUUGGAAUUAUCAAAAAGACAUGAAAUUAAGCAAUUUGGAUUUUAUCGCCAUGGAUAUAACUUACAGAAUUUUAUCUUAUGAAAAUGAAAUGUCAGUUAAUAAUCAUUCUCCUUGCUUUGGUGGCAGUCAUGAGCAGCACCUGGUGCUGUAA